AGUAUUAACAGUAAAUGAUGCAUAAUUACAUGCAACUAACCCUCAACCAAACCCUAAUCCUACCCUAACCCUAUAGUAAGUACAUGUAGUUGCUUAAUAUUACUCAGUACUUCAAUAUAUAAUUACACUGUAACAAUGACACCUUAAAAUAAAGUGUAACCCAUUUUUAAGUGUCUCUUAACUGUCCAAAUAUAUUUUUAGGGCCACUGUAUGUUUCCUAAAAGAAAAAAAGAAAAGAUCUAGGCUUAAAAUUAGCUAGUAUGAGAGGAAACUGUCUGUGAGCGAAGAGGGUUAGCCUGUCCGGUAACCUGAUUAGUGGUGCCCUCUCCAUUCCUCUCCCCAAAAUAACUCUACGCUCAGCCUACUAAUUCUUCACUGGGUACACACACUUCCACAAACUAGACUAUGGCAAAGAACACAAGGCAGAGAGAGUGAGGUCACGCUGCCUUACUGUAAAACGCUCCGCUCCAUUCCUUCUGAUGUCCAACAGAAUGAUAUAGGCCAUAUAUUCAUCUGAUGUGGAUGACGAGACAGUUUAUGAAGAUUUGCAGUGUCUGUCUGACCGAUCAAAAUAGUCAUAAACUACUGACAACUAGAGUUUAUUUUUGGACCAGGACUGAAUAUUGAAAAGGUCAAUAUGAUGCGAGACGAGUAUUUGGUGGAGUGUAAUAUUGAUGAUGAUGAUGAUGAAGAUGAUGAAGAAGAAGACUAUGAUGUGAAGAAGAUCCAGCCGUCUCCGCGUCCUCCACCACAAUUCUCCUCCACCCCUUCCCUCGCUCAUGUUGAGAUCAGGGAUCCCUGUGGCGUCAACAAACACUUGAAGGUAGAGUUUAGCGACGUUUUGGCAGAGCCCGCGCCCACACACAGCUACGACCGCGUGUGGGUGUACAGCGGGAUCGCCUUCGAGUCCACGCGGCUGUGGGUGUACCGCUGCCUGACUGCGCUGUGUGCGGUUCCCCUCUCCUGCCUCUGCGGCUGCCUCCUUGCCCUGCUGGCCUGUAUGCACAUCUGGUGUGUGAUGCCCUGUAUUCAGGUGUGUCAUACCUGCCUGCCCUGUGUGAGGUCACUGUGGAUAAGUGUAGUUAAUAUCUUCAUCACUCCAUUCUGCACAUCUGUGGCUCGCUGUUGCAGUGGCAUAUAUGUGACGGUCUCCAAAGAGUGAUGAAACACAAUUAAGGAGGAAUUUGAGGAAGCUUGUUAAACUGCUUUCCGAGUCUAAAUUAAAACGACAAAACAUGAAUCCUUGGAAUCCCUGAAUGGAUUUUUUUUGUUGUUGCUCUUUUGAAGUUACAAAAUAAAGCAUGUAUUCAAAAACAAUUUAAAGAAGAGGAUUACAUGCUAUUAUAGCCUGUAGAUUUUUAAUUAUAUAAUAAUAAUCGUUUUAAAUUAUCUUAAUGUAAUAACAUUUUUGCAUGCCAGAAGAUAUUUUGUAUCUUUCUAAGCAUAAUACAAAAAAGAGCCUCACACAAAAUAUCAAUAACUUCAUUUUUCAUAUAGUCUGUUCUGUUUAUAUUUUUCUGUUUGAUAUGUGUAAUUGUCAUGUAUUAUCUAUGAAGCAGAUGUCUAUUUCGAUGGUUAUCAUACAUGUAUUUGAAUAAAACAACCACUUACAUUUGUA